GGGCGUUUCUUUGAGCACUGAUUUACAUGAUACCGAUACAGCUAGCUAGCUUCAUGCCAGGAACGACUGCAAAUAAAUUGCUAGCCUCUGACAACAUCGAUAGCUGGUGUGCGUGACUAUGGGAAAGUCCCUCUCCCACCUGCCCAAGCAGACAUCCCACGACGAGUGUCAGGACAGUCUGACAACCCACCAGGACUACAAUGGCAUGGGUGAUGAUGGAAAAGGGGGAGAUGUGUCCCAGUUCCCCUACGUGGAAUUUACUGGCCGUGACAGUGUCACGUGCCCCACCUGCCAGGGCACAGGGAGAAUCCCUAGAGGUCAAGAAAAUCAGUUGGUGGCUUUGAUUCCAUACAGUGACCAGCGACUCAGACCCAGAAGAACAAAGCUGUAUGUGACAGCUUCAGUGAUUGUGUGUCUGCUGCUGUCCAGCCUGGCGGUCUUUUUCCUCUUUCCACGCAGCAUUGAUGUGUCCUACGUGGGGGUGAAGUCAGUCUUUGUCAGCUAUGACCAGGACAAGCGUAUUGUCUAUCUCAAUAUUACAAACACUUUAAACAUCACCAAUAACAACUACUACUCGGUGGAGGUGGCCAACAUUGCAGCACAGGUGCAGUUCUCCAAAACGGUGAUUGGGAAGGCACGCAUCAGCAACAUAACUGCCAUCAGUCCCCUGGACAUGAAGCAGAUGGACUAUAUGGUUCCUACCAUCAUAGCAGACGAGAUGAGUUACAUGUAUGAUUACUGCACCCUGCAGACCAUCAAGGUGCACAACAUUGUGGUCAUGAUGCAGGUAACCAUCACAGUCAGAUACUUUGGGCACAUCGAGCAGGUUUCCCAGGAGAUGUACCAGUAUGUGGACUGUGGAGGGAACACUACCUCUAUCCAUGGGCAGGCCAAGCCAUCCAACGUCCUGCUUCCCCCUGAAUAAUAUACACACGCUUUAUGUAUAACACCCCCCUUCCCUCUCUCUGACCUGCUCCUAGGCCAUGACAUGGGCUUAGUGGAGGCUAGCCAUAGAUAGUUCACUGUGUUCAACGCUUUCUCGUACUUCACUUCCUUCUCCACACAGCAAACACAUUCCACUGUGUGUUUCAUUUCUAUGCUUGUUGACUGGUGUUGGAUGUACAUUUUUGUAAAAUGGCCGAUGUUGUCACGUUCCAGCAGAGAUUAACUGAUGGCUCUGACACGACUAUCAAAAGAACGUGAUUUUUCCGGAGGUACACUAUAUCAAAAUGGCAGCAUGGAUGAAUAUAUAUUUUUAUCACCCAACCAGGAUGCACUUUAUGCACUUCUGACAGAGCACACUGGGUACCGCGGCUGUUACCGUAUCACCCAAGAGUCAAUGCAUUUUCUAACACUGUAAAUGGAUAUGGUAUAUAUUCAGAGUUUGGCAACUCCUCAUCCAUAUGUGGGUGAAGAGAAUCUUGAAAGUGUUCUCUCAUUAAGAUAGAACUCACAAUGAUGGAGCAAUAGUGUGUAUUAUGAUUACAUGUUUGCUUAGUAUGUCUGCCCUCUUACUGCCCUCACAGCUUUAAUUAUUGUCAUUAUCUGUGAUGCUGAAGUUCUCCAGUAGGGGGUGCUGUGUACAUGUUUUCAGCUGUACAAAAUGUUUACCUACCUUCCUAUAGGGUGAUCUCAGUGUUUGUGCUGUAAUGAUCACUUGAAAGGCAGAAAUGCCAGCUAAAUCGUAAUUUCAAGGCAUAAAUGUACCUUUACUCAACUGCAGCUUUGAGUCAGUACAGGUGCUGAGGCAUCAUUUGAUGUUGGAUCAUCUCUAACACUGUGGCUACUAAAUCACCAUGGGCGACCACUGAGAUACACAUACAUAUAUGCUUAUAAAAAGACCAAGGGGCUUUGUGAGUUUUGAUAAAGGACUGGUUGGCAUUUCAGACCUUAUUUGACAAUUUGUGGAAUUUCCUAGAUUAGAACAAGAAAUGAAUUAUACCAUACUUAAGUAUGAUUGUAUCUAUUCCAGAGGAUUUUUGAAAGCUUAAAAGUUGGAAUAUUUAACUAUACUCAUUCAAAGUACCACAAAAAGUACAGAAGUUUUAGUUUUAUUUUCAGUAGAAAUUUUAGAAACCUAGAGUAAAAUUAAUAACAAUUUUGUUUGUUCCUACAAGCACUUUAACCUGUUUUAAAUGUUUUAGAUUAGCUAAAUUUGCUGUCCUGUGGAAGAUUAAUUUGUAUUGUCACAAAUCUGUUUAUAUUUGCUGUAGGCUCUAUGUGUAGAACUUAACCUCUAUUUAUUUUAACAGUCAUUACGCUUGUUUUGAAGAGUACUAUGACAGUUUUCAUAGAUUGUCAUUACGUUGAUCUCAUAAUAUGUAAUUAUGGAAUCCCAUAGUGUGGUAUCAGUUUUUACCGCAUGAAUAAACUUUUAAAGCAC